AUGUCGCCCCAAGCCAGCAAGGGCGACAACUAUACGGGCUCGCUGGACGCUGGUGAUGACGAUCUCGCGCCGCAGGGUUCGGCCGAGUAUGGAGACGUCGCGGUGAGCGUGGGUCCGGGGGAUGAGGGUGAUCGUGCGCGUGCGGAUGUGGAGUAUAAGGUCUAUACACGGAGGUGGUUUGGUGUCGUGCAGUUGACGCUGUUGAAUAUCGUUGUGAGCUGGGACUGGUUGACCUUCUCCCCAGUGUCGCAAUUCGCGGCGACAUACUACGACACCACCGAGUCCACCAUCAAUUGGUUGGCAACAGCUUUCAUGUUUUCCUUCGUUUUCAUAUCGCCAGUAGUCAUCUACAUCCUGCACUGGGGGCCAAAGCCGUCUAUUAUCACCGCCGCUGUGCUUGUUCUGGCCGGUAACUGGAUCCGCUUUGCCGGAUCUCAUUCCGGUGGUGGCGGUAUCUUCGGUGUCGUCAUGUUCGGUCAGAUCCUGACGGGACUUGCCCAACCCUUUGUCUUGAGCGCACCAACCCGCUACUCGGAUCUCUGGUUCACCAGCCGCGGUCGCGUCGGUGCUACCGCCUUGAUGAGUCUUGCCAACCCCUUCGGCGCCGCGCUGGGCCAGCUCGUCGUGCCCUUCAUCUGCACCAAGCCCAGCGAGGUCUCGAGCAUGGUCCUCUACGUCUCCGUUAUCGCGUCCGUCUGCGCCAUCCCGUCCUUCUUCGUGCCCGCCGAGCCGCCUACUCCCCCUGCGCCCUCGGGCAAGACCCCCAAGGCUUCGCUCAGGGAGUCGCUCCGUCUGUGCAAUUCGCUCGAGUGCUGGCUGCUGCUGGUCCCCUUCGCCGUCUACGUCGGCUUCUUCAACAGUAUCUCGUCGCUGCUCAACCAGAUCCUCAUGCCCUACGGCUUCAGUUCCGAUGACGCCGGCAUUGCCGGUGCUGUCCUCAUCGUUGUCGGCCUUGUCGCCUCCGCCGUCGCGAGCCCCCUCCUCGACCGCACGAAGCAGUUCCUCUUGUCCAUCAAAAUCUUCGUCCCCGUCAUUGGCCUCAUGUAUUUCAUCUUCAUCUGGAUGCCCGCGACCCGUGGCGUCGCGGGCCCGUAUGCCGUCCUUGCCCUGCUCGGCGCGAGUUCCUUCUCUCUCUUGCCCGUCGCGCUGGAGUACCUGGGCGAGCUUUCCCAUCCGUGUAGUCCCGAGGUGACAUCCACGUUCGCCUGGGCUGGCGGUCAAUUGCUGGGUGGUUGUUUUAUACUUAUUAGCGAUGCGCUGAAGGCAGGGCCGGAGGCGAAUCCCCCAGUCAACAUGUCCAGGUCGCUGAUCUUCACGGCCGUUAUCGCCCUGGCGGUUGUACCACUGCCGCUGGCAUUGGGUAUGUUUGGACGCCAGGAUAAUGUGGUGCUGAGGAGAGUCAGGAGCGAUGACCGGCAUUUGGAGCAUGAACAUGCUCACCGAGACGUGGUUGCCUGA